CACACGUUGAAAUUUCACAAAAUUUCAGGUUAUUUACAAUAUAGAAUCAUAAGAGUUAAGAGUAUAGUUCUAUGUUUACACAAAUCAGUGUCUCGAUCUGAAUUGAUGAAAAUGGCUCAAUCUACUGUGUCAGAAGGAGAAGCAAUUAUUAUUAAUGGUGCUCUUCUCGAAGGGGGUGGUCAAAUAUUACGAAAUAGUGCAGCAUUAAGUUGUUUAUUAAAAAAACCUAUAACUAUUAACAAUAUCCGAGCUGGUAGAAGCAAUCCUGGAUUAAGACCUCAACAUUUGAAAGGUUUAGAAUUAAUAAGUGAAAUAUGUCAUGGUAAAAUAGUGGGUGCUAGGGUUCAGUCUACAGAGAUAUCACUCUAUCCUCAAAAUAUUAAAGGUGGUAACUAUAUAGCUGAUACUAAAACAGCAGGGAGUAUAUGUUUAUUGUUACAAGCAGCUUUACCAUGUUUAUUAUAUAGUGAUGUAGAAUGUUGUUUAACAUUACGUGGUGGUACCAAUGCUGAUAUGGCUCCACCUGUAGACUACUUCUAUUUGGUGUUUGGGCCAAUGACAGCUCGACUUGGUGUAAAUAUUGAAUGUGAACUGCGGAAAAGAGGAUUUUAUCCAAAAGGUGGUGGAGAGGUAAGAGUCAAAGUUCAACCUGUAAAGCUGUUAAAAUCAGUAAAACUAUUAGAGAGAGGUGAAAUUAAAGAAAUUAAGAUUUAUUCUUAUGUUGCUGGUGUUUUACCUGUUAAGGUAGCCCAUAUCAUGAGUGAAUCAGCUGAGAAGUUGAUUAAAAAGUUUCAUCCUAAUGCCAGUAUAGUACCAGAAAUUAUCAAGGUUCCUGAUAGAGAAGCAGUUGGUACAGGCUGUGGUAUAAUGGUUGUGUGUGAAAUGACUACUGGAUGUCUAUUGGCUGGAUCAGGUCUUGGUAAAAAAGGUGUUCCAGCAGAAACAGUAGGAGAAACAGCAGCUCAGAUGUUAUUAGAUAAUUUACAACAUGGUGGCUGUGUAGAUGAAUACCUACAAGAUCAGUUAAUAUUAUUUAUGGCAUUGGCAGAAGGUAAAUCAGAAGUAUUAUGUGGUCCUAUAAGUUUACAUACAGAAACAGCUAUACAUGUUGCUAAAACACUUACUCAGGUAAGGUUGAAUUUAACACAAUCAAGAGAUAAAGUCAGUGAUAAUACAAACAUUAUUGAAUGUGAAGGAAUUGGACUGCAAAAUCAUUUUAUUUCAUGA